AUGUCACCCAAGUAUUAUCCCUCAAAAGGACAUUUUUUGAAGACCAACGAGUGUUUUGUGUUGCUUAAUGUUUAUGCCCCAUGUAAGGUAUCCAGACAGCAGGUGCUUUGGGAUAAUAUUUCUCUGAGGUUGACUGCAUUCGACGGUCAGAAUAUAUGUGUUUGUGGUGACUUUAAUGUGGUCCGCUGUGUGGAGGAACGGCGUAGUGUGGGAAUGGUUUGUAGGCAGUCAAGGAUUACUAAUUUUAAUCAGCUUAUUGAUGGUAAUUUUUUGCUGGAUCUCCCUCUCCGUGGUCGUAGCUUCAUUUGGUACCGCGACGAUAUAAGGUCUAUGAGUCGUAUCAAUCAGUUUUUGCUUUCUGAAAGCUGGUGUGUGACUUGGCCUAAUUGUGUUCAGUCGGCUUCGACUAGGGGAGUGUCGGAUCAUUUCCCUUUACAGUUGUUUAUUGAUGAGGAAAAUUGGGGGCCGAAACCGCUUUGUAUGCUAAAGUGUUGGGAAAAAUUUUCGAAUUACAAAACUUUUGUCCGUGACCAAUGGAACUCUUUCCUUGUGGAUAGAUGGGGUGGUUAUGUGCGGAAGGAAAAAUUUAAGUUAGUUAAAAUAGCGAUAAAAGGUUGGCAUCAGCUUCAUUCUCAAAAUUUACCAGCAAAAAUUUUGUCUAUGAAGGAUAAAAUUACAGCUUUUGAUAUGAAAGGAGAGUCUGCAGUUUUAGAUGAUGAGGAGGUUGAGGAGCUUCAUGGGUUAUAUGAGGAGUUGUUCUCUUUAUCUCGGAUAAAUAAUAGUAUUUGUUGGCAACAGUCGAGGGCAUAA